GUAGGGAAUGUCCAGCCCAGUAGGGAGGAGAAUAAACAAUUAUAUUAAAAAUGAAGCCUUUUGGGCCAAAAUCUGAUGGACAAGUAGAAGUUAAAGUAAGCACACACUGACACUCUUUGGCCAUCCCUACAGUAAGUACACGGUUCCUGGUGGACAUAGAGGUCCAGGAUCAUUAAUGGGAGACAACCAACAGGGUAACAGCCCUGACUGCAUGUUAGAAAACCAACUUGUAGUGUCUCCAAAAGGGAUAGAGGCUAGAGGCAGAGAGAGCAGCAUGACAUUUGCUAGAUUCUGUAAGGCUAGGAAGGCAGAGACCCUAUCUGCCACACUCUAUAUUACAUAGUCUCUCCUGCUGGUGUUAUAAGCAGUCCAUGCAGAAAUGGUGGUUGGGAUAGAGCAGUAAGAACUAUCAUAUUUCAUUGAAUAUAUCUUUUAAAACAUUAUGUACUAAUAAGAAAACUUGCCGGGUGCCUGGGUGGCGCAGUUCAUUAAGCUUUUGACUCUUGAAUUUCUGCUCAGGUCGUGAUCUCAGGGUUGUGGGAUCGAGCCCCAGUUGGGCUCCUUGCUCAGCAGGGAGUCUGCUGCUCUCUCUCUCUUCCCUCUCCCUCUGCCCCUACCCCCGCUUGUGUUCUCUCUUUCUCUAAUAAAUAAAUUAAAAGAAAACUUGCCAGGUAUGAUACUCCAUUAAUUGUCGGUCCUGAUUUGUGUUAAAAUAUGGGGAAAAAAAAGUGCAUCUUAGAAUACGUGAAAUACUAUAAAGUGAAUUAAGUUGCAAAAGUAUUAAAUGGAAGUGAGAAGUCGGUUGAGAUAGAGAUAUCCUGCCUGUGGGGUGUUGAGCUUUGCCACUUACUAGCUUUUACAGAUUUCUAGAAAUGUGCCCUUUUUCUUGCUUGGAAUUAAGCUGGCUGAGAUCACAUGCUUUGAAACACUUAUAACCUGUUGUUGGUCACACCUUGGCCUUACAUGGUGAGGGGGUUGCUACCGUAAGUCCCGGUCUUGUUUAGAAAAGGGAGUUUGUUGAGAAACGUGGGCUAACUCAGAGCUCCUGAUGGAUACAUAUAUUUGGGGAGGUGGCAGAGAUCUGAUCGGCACAAAAGUCUCCUGGUCAGACUUGAAUGAAGGGGUACCUUUCUAUAUUUGAUUCCCUCAUCUGAUAGAUUCAUUGUGUUCUCCCAGAACUUUCAUUCCUUGGGCUGUGCUAAUUAUCUUCCCUCUCUAGCCAAACAAAACACCCCCCCCCCAAAAAAAAACAGGAAAUCGGAAAAACGGCUAGCCUUGGUGUGACUUGGUAAUACAAAAGCUGUGUGGUUGCUUCCCCAGGGGCAGAGUGCAAGGGAAAGCUUUUCAGCCUAGGGGAAAGAAGAUUCCUGGCAGAAAGCCCAAAAGGGCAGACCGCUUCCUCUCCCAGGUGUUCCCUAGAACGGAGAAUGACACUACCUUGGGUAACUUGGGCAAAACAAGAAUGAACAAGAUGAUACUUCCCUGCCAGAGACUGUUCAAUGACCAGUGAUGGGGAGUAUGCGAUAGGGGCCCAGCUAGUCUAGGAGGCAGCUGUUUGUCCCCCUUUACAUAGGCAGAGAAACCAAGAUGUAGUGUGAAAAGGGACUUGCCCACGCUCAUGGACUGACGUGGAGCAGACGUUAUGACGCUUUUUCAAGCCAGGGGCUCCUCCCAAAAGUGACCAGCCUUUCCCCACCCAUGCUCCAGGCCUGCCUAGACCUGCCUACACCUGUAGUUGCUGCCCAGGGAGCUAAGUCUCCUCCCCAAACAUAAUCUUGUAAACUCAGUAAACCUGGCCUUUCCUCUCUGCCUCUGGCUUUGUUUCAUCCUCCUCUCCCUUUCCCUUGCUCUCUGUCCUGUCUCUUGCAGGUCUUGGCUGGCAUGUCAGGAAAGGGGUCCCCUCCCAUGGCCUCCUACUCUGGAGAGCCAGGGCUCCUGUCCUGUGGGUCCUGUGACAUGGUUUUCCGCUCCUGGCCGCUGUUGGCCACCCACACUCAGCGCUUCUGCAUUGGCCGUCUGACCCGAGAGGUGGUGCCACAAGAACACCAGGGCCUCCCAGACCAGGAGGCCAGCAAAUUGGCUCUUACGAAGCUAACAGAAGAGGUGCAGCGGCUGCGGCUGUACCUACAGGAAAUGCGACCCUGGAUAACAAAGGUCUCCAGAGGAUUAGAAGGGCCCCGGAGCCAAACUGAGGUGCAGACUCAGGGCCCCACCCCCGAAGUUGCUGGAAGCCCUGGCGAGCGGCUGCGGGCGCUGCAGGGGACUCACGCAAAGCGGGUGGCGGAGACGGAGUCACAGAGCCGGGCCCUGGAGCGACGCAGCGAGGAACUGAGCCAACGCCUCCAAGGUUUGGCCCAGACCCGGGGCGGAAUAUCCCGCCUUUCCGGUCUGGAGCGGGAGCUUCGAGAACUCCGGGCAGAAGCCGGGCGAACGCGGGGAGCUCUAGAAGUGCUAGGGACGCACGUUCAGCAGCUACAGCCGGAGACCUGGGCCCUGCGUGAGGCCUACGUUCGAGGCGGGGGCCGGAACCCCGGCGUUCUGGGCCAGAUAUGUCAGUUGCAGGUGGAGGCAUCAGCGCUGGAGCUGCGGAGGCUGCGGACCCACAGAGGAAGACGGGCAGGUGUCGCACUGGGGGAGCUUCUAGCGGUGGAAGCCGAAAACCGGCGCCUGGAGGCAGAAAUCCUGGCCUUGCAGAGGGGCGCAGGCCCUGCGUCCUGGGGGCCUAGCGAGCCUCGACCCGUGGUGAAACCCCCCCGAUGCCUGGGGAGGAGGGAAGAUCCCCCGCGCCUCCCGCCGCCUGUGGCUCCCCCGCUGCCGCCGCAUCCGCAAUCCACAGGCAUCCUAUUGAGUGGCACAGAAAAGGCCCUGCAGGUUCCUGGCACCCUGACCAGGAACCCUGGCCUGGAUCCAUACUUCCUCCUGCCGGCUCCUGACGUUCUGGGCCCUGCACCCUAUGACCCUGGGGCUGGUCUGGUCAUUUUCUAUGACUUUCUUCGGGGCCUUGAGGCUUCUUGGCUUUGGGUGCAACUCAUGACUGGCCUGACACGAGAUGGACAGGACACAGGAGGGGCCACAGCAUUGCCCCCAGCCCUUUGCUUGCCCUCACCUCCAGCUCCUGGGCCCAUGGGCAACUGUGCCAUCCUUGCCAGCAGACAGCCCGUACCCAGGCUGCCACCUUCACCAUCGGUAGCCCUGGUCUGUGAGCUACAGGCCUGGCAGGGGCUGGCAUGGGCUAGGGAACCACAGCCGAAGGCUUGGGCCUCACUGGUGCUAUUUGACCGGGAUCAAAGGGUGCGAAGUGGCCGUUGGCGUCUUCCACUUCGGGCCCUUCCUCUGGACCCCAGCCUUACCCUUAGACAGCUGAAUGGGAUUCCCCAGGUAGGUGAGGUUGAGCUCUUUCUGCGACUGGUUAACGCAAGAGAUGAAGGUGUCCAGACACUGGCCGAGAUCAACCCAGCAAGUGCCCAGGAGUACCAGUACCCACCUCCGAUGUCCAGCUCACCUUCACUGGAAGCAAGCUCCCUGGCCCCAAAAGCUGGCUUUGUUGACCCUCCUCCUCCUGCAGAAGAGCCCCCUCAGCAGCAGAGUCAAGGAUAGAUGGUUUGGGCCCUCAUCACAGCUUUGACCCACACCCUCUGGCUUUUGGAGUCCAGGAGAAUGUGGGCAUGAGUAGCUUAACAGGCUCAGAACUAGUACUUAGAUGAGGCUUGUUGCCAGACCUGCAGCUCUACUACUACACGUUCUCAGAGGGUCUAGAAGCAAAUAGCAGAUACAAGCUCAAAAUAGGAGGUCCAACCACAGCUUUACCACCUUCCACAAACACUUGGCCUUUAUCAGUUUUCCUCUUGUAAAACGGAUGUGAGGAUUAAAUGGAUGUCAGGUAUUUUCAGUAUUGCCUGGAAUAUAAAUUCUUUGAAAGAUAAGCAGGGGGCACUCUAAUUUGUUAAAGGAACUUCAUAAACUUUUUUUUUUUUUUUUGCGCUAAAGCCCAUCUUGUUGCCACACUUCGUUCAGGACAUCUCCGGGAAGCCUUCCUGGCUAUAAAGAUCCCCAUGAACUAGGAGCUCCCAUACCUUACACACUUAGAGGGGGUCACAUGUAAAUCUGGCUGAAAUUUGAUAUUGGGCCUAGCCCCAGAACCCAGUGCCAACCAAAGGUCAAAGGCCUAAAAUCCUCAGGACUUGGAACAUGCAAUACAAGGGCAUCUUCAAGAAGUUCAAAGCCAAAAGAUUCUACAGCCAUGAGUUACCAUAACCAGCCCAGAAAAAUUCCAUUUUCUCUUCUAUUUAUUUAGGAAAUAAAAUAUAAACUGGAAAACUGCUUGACAUUCAGUAUUCAAAUGGCAGGUUCUGACCUACUGUCUAUCUAGUGCAGCAAAGUAACCCUAUGGGUGGUCAGAAUUACUAACUCCCUUUAGGUAAUGUAGGGCAGGCAUGGUUUGGAAUUCAGAUCGAAAUAGUAACUGGUGUUUAACAGGUUCUUAAACUAAGGGUCAGGGCUGAGGCAGCUCAGGCAGGAAGGGUCUCCUACUAGCCUUGCACCCUGGACAUCAGUGAGGUCCCAGUGGGAUGGCUUUAGUGUCAGUAUCCUGAGCACCCUUUGACUGGGCUGGUGGGCCAGUUUCUACCUUUCAACCCCACAUCCACACUGAAAUGCUUCAGGUAGUUCGGGAUCCCACUGGAAGAUUUUAUUUUAUUUAUUUGAGAGAGAGAGAGAACAUGAGAGGGGAGAGAGGGUCAGGGAGAAGCAGACUCCCCACCAAGCAGGGAGCCCGAUGUGGGACUCGAUCCUGGGACUCCAGGAUCAUGACCUGAGCUGAAGGCAGUCACUUAACCAACUGAGCCACCCAGGCACCCUGGAAGAUCUUUAAACACAAGUCCAGACCAGGAGCAUUUUUUAGCAUCUUUAUUUGACAAGUCAAAACUGCAGAUGGGUAACAAUUUGGAUUCAAGUUAUAAGAUAUAUUCCAGCCUUUCUGUACAGAAAACAAAACUCCACCACCCAGCCUCCCCACAAAUUCCUCCAACCACAUCCCAAGUGUCCAGUCUAUCUCUCAAGCCACUUUCAAACCAGAAAGCUCAAUUCUCUACAGUUAGCAAACCAGUUUUCCUCAAGGAUCACUUCCCCUCACCCCCCCCCCAAGUUUUCUUCAGUUCUUUUUCGAGGACAGAAUUAUUGACCCCUAACUGGAGACUAGGUGGGUAACAGUUAUCAGCUCACAAAGUCCACCAAACAGUAUCAGCACCAAAGAGCAAGAUCUUCACCAAGUCUUGUUUUUGUAGCCCCCAUCAAGGGGACAGCACCACUGAAGGUUUGUAUUUAAAAUGGAAAAAAUAUAGCACCAUUAGAAAACAAAGGGCCUGGCUAUGCUUGAUUUGAUCGCCUCCACAUUAGACAGACAGGAACUUGGAUGGGAACUUCCAACAGAGAUCAGUACAGAAAGGGGCAGGGGGAGUGAGUACCUUUGACAACUGUAUCAUACCCAGAGUGCUCCAAGGCACAGAGUCAGCCAGUAUUUAAGGAAAAAAAAAUCAUCAAAGCCUCAACCUUUGCUUACAAUCUUUAUUGAAGUUAUACAAAAAGAAGCCCCCCAAAGUGAAAAAAUACAUUAUAUACAAAAACACUUUCCCUCAGGAGGAAGGCUCUGCGCCCUCUCUUAACAUGCAGUGCUUUCAACUGUGGCUCCGGCCUCCACUGUCCCCUCCACUGCUGCCCGGCUUUCAGCCUGAUUCUCAGCCUGGAAGAUAAAUAGGGAGCCUGGGCAUAAAUGACCCUAGUUUAAGCCGUUCUGUCUUACACAACUGAGUAGGCAUUAGAGAAAGUGAACAGGUCUCCUAAAGCCUGCUUUGCUCCCUACACUACUAACAGGACAAUUAGUAAGGCCAUUUCCUAAAGUCUCUCCAAUAGGGCUGACGGAGCCAAUGUUCAUACGGUACUUGGAAAGGGAGCAAGCAGAAAUAACUCAAUGGUCUUGCCAAUUAAGUGCCUUCUCCUCCUACAUUCAUUAGAGUGGGACUUGUGCUGUGUAUAUAGUUUCCAUUUGUCAAUGAGACAUACAUUCCAUAACCAGAUUCCUGCACACUGUUUCUAUGAGGGUUGCAUUCAAGUAAUCCAAACAGGCUCAAGGUGAGGAACAUGCACUUAGGAGGACUAGUUUCCCCAGGCCCUGAGAACAAGGGGAAAUAAGGCAAGAGUCCAAGCCCUCUUAACUGCCCACCUCCUCCUCCAUGUUUUCUGAAACUUCAUUUCCACUGGAGACGGCAUCCCCACUGCCUCCAUUCACCUCUAGCUCUUGUUUCGCUUUCUUUGCAUCAUCUUUUCGGGGACUCUCUUCCUCUGGUUUCCUCUGAAGAUAGAAUUGGGAACGCUUCACAAAUGUGCUGAAUGUUUUUAAAAGUACUGCAAAACUUUUUAAAAACCCCUUCAGUCCUCUCCUCCCCCACUGCCGCCACCCCAUGGUCCAGAGAUCCUGAACACCGUGAUCCACGGGUCUCAGGGUCUCUCGCAUGGCCACAGGAAGCAGAUGCCAACCUGUGCUCGGUACAAUCAAUUGGUCAGCUACAACAUACCAAUCCAGCCUCUCUAGAGGAAGGGUGGGGUGAGGGUGAGGAGUAGAUCUGAAUAGUAACCAAACCCCAAGUUUAUGAAUUAGGACACAAAGGAAUCAGUCUCCCACAAGAGGAAAAAACGACUGUAAUUAUAGGCAGAAGAUGGACUCCUAGGAGUAUCGGCAGGUCUGCUGCUGAAUGACUACUGUCAAAGAAAACCCGCCAGCUGAGCCGAUUCUUCUCAGCUGCUUUCCUUAUAGUCCUGGGCCAGAAGAGGCCUGGAAAACUGUUAGAAGACAUAGUCAAGUGAAAACUACCUUCAUUCAAAUCCUCACCAACUCUGCAAAAUGAAUGUCUUAUUACACCAAAUAUUAAGGAAUGUAUUCCUGGUGUAUCAUUUGAAGCAAAAAAGAAGAAAACGCAAACUGGAAAGAAAACAGAAAAGAAAUGACCACAUGUAGAUUUACCUUCUUUCUGACAAGGUGGGAGAUAUCACUCACACAAUUUGAUGAGGAAGCACCAUCCGUUGAUUUUCUACUGGCAACCUGACAAAAAGGACUUUGUUAGCAAUGUACAACUAGACAGGACACAGAAAAGCCUAGUGACAAAAAUCACCUGAAUACUCACCAUGGAGAUUGAAGUGCCUCCUCCACUAGGAGUGAAACCUGAAGUAGAGCUCUCCACCUGUGCGAGAGGUGACAGACCCAAGUGGGUCCCAGGAUAGAACCCACCAGGUCACCCACACACCUACAACAGGUACCUACCAUCCAAACAACUGUUUAAGACCUCAAAUACUAGUGGGCUUCCAUAUACUAGCAGUAUCAUUCCACCCCCCUCUACCUGCAAUUGCCACCCCCAAACCAGCUUAGGCACAGGGUAAAUACUAAAUUAACCCAUCCACCUCAUCACCUGGGGCGCUAUCUAUACAGAGGAGUUCUCAGAGGUGGAAGGAAUAGCUUACAUUUAUUAAGCAAAUACUAUUUGUACUGUCAGAAGUAUUUUAACAUAGAUACUAUUACCCCCAUUUUACAGAUGAGUCAACUAAGGCAAAGAAAUGUUAAGUAACGUGUCCAUGGUCACACAUAGUGAGUAGCAGAUAUAUAACCUAAACCCAGUCUGGCUCCAGAGCAUAUUCUCUUAAGCAUUAUACUACUUAACAGGACUAACUAGAUAAAUUCACACAUUCCUUCUGACCACCAACUCCCUGGAAACCGUAUCACGGUUCCUAGGCAGACAGAACACUAAUACCAUGAUGUCUUCCAACAGUAUCAACCAUGCCAUUAUCAAAACUUUAAAAGGAAACCAAACCAACCAGAGUUGCUUUCAGAGCCAAUUCAGCUACAUUCCCACUACGCUGGGACUCCUUUGCAUCUUCUAUCUUCUCUCUAAUUUCAGGUAGCAGUUCCUUCAGCUCCUCAAUUUCUUUCUCAUAUUCAGUAGAUGAUCCUUCAGCCUCCUUCAUCUGUUCACUUAGUACAGCUACAAAGAACAGGCUGAAGUGAUCAGUAAUAGUUACCACCAAAGGAUCCUUUUUUUUUUUCAUAUUGUCGAUUACCAGAUCCAGUCAAGCUUAUCGUCAAAUAGCUGAUGCUCACUCACCCAUUCUGUUCUCAAUGACUUCAAUAGAUUUGCUGAACUGUGCCACUGCCUCAUCAUACUGAGAGUUAUACCCAUAGGCCAAGCCCAGCUGGUAGUGGGUCUCUGCAAGGAGACGAUCAUGGGCUUCUAGGUACUGCUCCUGCAGGUUUAGGCAAGCCUGGAACUCCUCCACAGCUUGGACAUAAUUCUCUAAUGAAAAGAGAAAGAAUAGCAAGCAAAUGGACAGCAUUUAAUAUAUAAUACUUCCAAAUUGUGGAUCAUUCUACAGGAAUGCUCUCCUGUUUUAAAUGACAUUUCUUUGUAGCAUCUCCAGGACACUAGACUAUAAAAAAAAUAUCUAACUGGGGAGGGGGGAAAAAAAAAACCCUACUGAAGAGACUUCAGAAGAGAUGGUUCACUAUUCUAGGAACUAGAGGAACCCAAACCAACUGUCUUUUUAAAGCCAAUUGCCAGGAGUGCCUAGGUGGCUCAGUCAGUUAAGUGUCUGCCUUCCACCCAGGUCAUGAUCUCAGGGUCCUGGUAUGGAGCCCCACAUCAGACUGCUUGCUCGGCAGAGAGCCUUUGUCUCCCUCUCCCUCUGCCCCUCCCCCUACUUGUGCUUUCUCUAAGAAAUAAAAUCUUAAAAAAAAAGCCAAUUGCCCAUAACCUAUGAUCAAUCAAGCUGAAUUUUAAGGAAUUAGAGAAAGAACUGGGGGGGUGGGGGGCACAUUAAAGAGUAAAAUGGAAAAUGUAUUACCAGAUUCAACACUAACUUCUCCAAGUUUAAGAUGGGCCUGUGCAGCAUAAAGCUGAGCUUCUUUUGUUUCUUGCCUGAAAGAAGGAAAAGAUGAUCAGAAACCUUAACAGCAUUUGUCCAAACCUGAUAUUCUACUUCCAAGUUCCAAACUCCCAACCUAAGCCUAGAAACACUGAAAAGUAUUACCUUUUAAAAAUGAUCUUUGCUAAAUCCAGCAUAUCCCAAGCAAGCUCUAGAUUCCCGAUCUCCUCCUCUUCAUUUUCUUGAAGAGACUAAAAAGUAUAUCCAAAUCAUUGGUAUUAGGCAGAAGUAUAAGACAGGAAUCUUCAGAUCACAAAUCUAAAUGUGUAAUACAGCUUAAAAAAUAAAAAAACACAUGAUUCAAAAUUUGGACUUUCUCCCUAAAACCUACAGAAUGGGUCCCUAUAAUCCUUCUAUCCAAAGUCAUCACCUUAUGUCAGUGAUAUCUAACAGUGACGUGUUGGGUCCCAUCAGAACAUCCUCGGAUUAAAUGGAUCUGUGUAUUCCAGGCAUGAACAAAGAGUCCCCAAUCCCUACCAAGAAAUGACUAUGAUAAUCACACCUACUCUAGUUAAGCUACAGUCCUACAAUAAGAUGAUACAAUAAUAAUUUACCUUGUUUUCAAGAAGUGAUUCAUUUGGUGUUUCUCCAGCCUUGUCAUUUUCUUUAUCCUCCUCUUCUGAGCCUUCAGUUUCUGCAAGCAAAAAUUCCUCAGUAUUGAGAAUACUAAGGAUAUCUUCCUUCUAAGUAGUCAGAGAUUCCAAUAAAUGCCUGUCAACCUAUAUUCUGAGUAGAACAGGCCAGAUGCUAAGUCAGUUAAUAUUUGAACUUCAUAUAAAGCCAGUGAUUACAGUCUAAUUCAAGUGUAGCCUAGACUUAGAUUGUAUAAUCUUACAGUGUGUGGUUUACACCUUCAGUGAUCAGAAGGCUGAACGUUUCUCUUCUAAAAGUCAGUCUGGAUCAUUCAGAUCAAGACAGAUUAACUACUGUAGUCUCUUAUCCUAGAAACUCCCAUAUACUUAGCCAGAAGCAGUUGAAGAACUCAGCCAGUGUUCCUGGUGUCUUUAAGCAGCCAUUUGUUAUAUAACACUAACAUGCUGAGGAAGUACAAAAAGUUAAAUUACCCCAGUCCAUUCAGAGCAAGAAUGCUCAAGAGACUAGCUUUCCCACAACACAGCUGUGGAGAGAAAAGCAUAGUCCUUACCAACUCUCACCAAUGAGCAUGCCACAGACUCCAGCCAGCUCUAGCAUGUACAGAAUUGAGUAAGCAGUACCACAACCAAUUGUUUUACUCCAGUAUAAUGUUAAAAUUUGCAGCCAUAUUGACACUCUAUUUCACCAUACUGACAUAUAUUCACAAGUCAACUGCCUUUAAGGACAGGCUGCUAAUAAAUAGCUCUACGCACCACUUAAAGUUCAGAAUGCCAUAGGAUUAAACAUGGGCUUUUGGGGGCACGUAACAAUUCAUGAAUUGGGUAUAAUGUGCCUACCUCUGCCACCUUUCAUUAAACAUUUUUAACGCAAGCAAAAGAGCUCAAAUACCGUCUCUUAACAAGCUAUUAUGGGAACAUAAAUAUGCAAUUAGGCCUUAGAGCCAUGAAGUCAGGCUAAAGGACUUUUAUCUUUAGCAAUACUGCUUAAGAAUGGGAAUAGGCACAGAAAAUUCCUGAACAUUAUAAAUUAGUAAAACAAAGUCCUGUAAGAAGGACACCUGGCUGGCUCGGAUAGUGGAGCAUGCAACUCUUGAUCUCAGUGUUGCGAGCUUGAGCCCCAUGCUGAGUAUAGCGAUUACUUAAAAAUAAAAUUAAAAAAAAAAAAAAUUCCUCUAAGAACCAGUUACAAGUUAAUUGACCUCUAUAGCAAACAGUUUUUAUCAAAUGAAUCACUUUUCCCCUGUUGACCAUAUAAUUUAGUGCUUCUGAAAUAAAUACCCACCAUCAUACACCAUUAUCUUUCUGUACCCGAAUUUCCAAGUUAUCUGUACACUUAGUACUCUGUCAGACUAGAUGGGUGGUUUUAUUAAUUCUGACAAUGAGGCCCAUUCUCAAGACAGAUGAGGUAAAUCUAUGAAAACAAACAUUUUACCUUCCUAAUUUGUAGGAAAAAUUGACAAAAUGUGUAUUGUUAGUCUGUAUUCUUAAAUAAUCUGGUAUCUGU